AAUCCAUCUUGGGGUCAGAAGUUCCUCUUUGUGGUGGACCCCAGCAAGAAGUUCCUCAAUGUCUGCAUCUGGUGCAGGGGAGGGGAUCGCAAUGACAAGAAUGAAAUCCUGAAGCACUCUAAACAUGACCUGCUCAUUGGAUAUGUAGGUCAUACACAUACAUAUUUAUUAUUGUAAUUGGAAUGGGAUUAGUAGGCUGUCUUUAAUCUGGAUAUGUAACUUUUUGUUGACGAAUGAAUUAUUUAGUUGAUACAUAUAUUCUUCAUACACCCAACGCACCCAUCUGACACAAGUAAGUGGCCAGCUCGAAUGUCCAGUUUUAAACAGUGAUCCAGAUUUGUAUAAAUAUUCAAUUGGUUCUUAUAAAGUAGGUUGAUUUGAUAAUGAUCUGUUUCCCCACGGGUUUAAUACCUGUUUUUUUUGUUGCAGGUGAGUUUAAACCUGGAGGAUGUUUACCUUCAAUGCCUCAUCACCUUGAAUGGAUCCAUGCAUGAGAGGUUUAAACUAAAACAUGGCCACUACAAGACAGCUGAUGAGUAUGUCACCCUUGUUGCUAUACCUUCACUAGAUUCUUGUCACAUCAUGAUGGGUCACUGUGUGGUUUUGUUGUUGUGCAGCAUGGAGAUUCACUUGUAAUUUUUGCUCACGGAAUGUUGUGUUUGAUUGUGUGAGUUCUGUCUUUGUAUGUUAGUUGUGUUAAUGAAUGCUUUUGGGGUGCCAUGAGGCCUGUGAUGUGUUUUUUGUAUGUAUAUGUGAGUAGGGGUCUUGUUUGUCUUUGAGUAGGACUACUUGCUUCCAUCUUUGAGUAGGACUACUUGCUUCCAUCUUUGAUUAGGACUACUUGCUUCCAUCUUUGAGUAGGACUACUUGCUUCCAUCUUUGAGUAGGACUACUUGCUUCCAUCUUUGAGUAGGACUACUUGCUUCCAUCUUUGAGUAGGACUACUUGCUUCCAUCUUUGAUUAGGACUACUUGCUUCCAUCUUUGAGUAGGACUACUUGCUUCCAUCUUUGAGUAGAACUUCUAGCUAUUCGUUUUGGCUGUUGCUUUCUGAGCAUUGAGUGAAAACUUGAUGUGUGAACCCCAGUCAUUACAGAUGGGACAUUGGUUAAUAUAAUUAAUAGGUCACCCUGUGCUUUUAUGUGAUUAAUUGGUUACUUUGCAUCUUUAUUUAUGUCAGGUGUAGGCUACUGUUUUCUUUGUGAGUGUAAGAUUUGAACAGUGUUGCUGUAAUUUAAAAGAAGAGCUCUCUUGUCUUUGUGUCAUUACCCAUGCUAAAGUAGGUUUCACCUUGUGUCUGUAAGUUUUGUAACAUUUCUCAGUAUCCACCCGGUCUCUUACUCGUGUACAGUAACAAGUAACAUCUGUCAGUAUCACAAUAGUUUACACCUUGCCUCACACUCAUUUACACUAACAUUUGUCUGUAUAACAAUGGUUUACUCUUUGUCUCUCUCAUUUUAAAUAUUAGGUUUUACGUUGUCCUCUUCUUCUAUUUCACUAUUUCACCAUUUAUGUGCACACCUUAUUUAUUAUCUUCCCAUCCCACUUUAUGUUAACAGUCCUGUUCUAUUUCACCAUUUAUGUGCAUACCUUAUUUAUUAUCUUCCCAUCCCACUUCAUGUUCUCAGUCCUUCUUUUCUAUGUAGAAACAUUGAAACAUCAUAGUGACAACAACAAAAAAACAAACAAAGAAUUAAACCAUAGUUUAAAUUCACCUAUGAAUGCUUUCCAGUCUGAUAAAGAUGUGGCAGACACACAAAGGCUGGGACCCGAAUCAGAUGUACGGGGACAUACUGUUGGCCUUUACUUUUUACCCAACAUCAAUGACAGACGAGGAGAGGAAGUCUUACGCCAGCUGUAAAGUGCCGGAUCUCGAAAGUGGCACCCAUGACAAGAAAGGCGCCAAAUCGGGAGGCACGACAUUGCCUGAAAAUGUACAUCUAACAGAUUCGAAACUGUUGGGGAAGUAAGUUGUCUAGAAAAACAAUCAAAUUCUUUUGUUGGGAUGAUCAGAAGUCAAAUUUAACCACCAGGUUCUGCAAAGACUAAAAUAGAGAUUUUUAUGCUUUCAUUUAAAGUCUAGGGGGGUUCUACAGCACUGCUAUAUAUUUGCUCAUAAAUGCCAAAUGGAAGUCGUUUAAUAUGUCACAGUAUCCACUUUAAAACUCAACAUUUAUCAACAGGACAUAACCUAACAAUGACCCAAGUAAAUAAUGCAAAUUCUUUCUUGGGGGGAUUCUCAACACUUAAAUAAAUACUGCUCUAAGAGACAUAAACGGAUUUGUUGCUGAAUGAAGAUAAAGCUGUAAUGAAUACUUUAAAUACCGUAGUAAGCAGGACACUUGGAACAGAAAGUUUUUCCCCAACUCUGGCUUAACUUAAUAGCUAUUUAAUUAAUUCUUAUAACUUGUUAAAAUUACUUCCCUUUAUCUAAGACACACUUCUCAUUUUAAAAUAAAAAACUAACCUUAAAUGAAUGGAAAAGCAACUAACCAAUAUAAAUUUGGAAUUUUAAAAAAAAAUCUAUGAUUUACAAGAUAUACAAAAAAAAGCUAUUUUUCAUUGCAGUGAUUUAAAUGAAACAUUUAAUUUAGAUUCCACAAAUCAGUUGUGUUUAAUUUUACAAAAUACCUGGUAAUACAUUUCUGGCAGAUGUAAGUUUUAUGUGCUAGACAUUAAAUGCUUCCUUUGCCAUUUACCAUUAAAACGGGUGCAGACUAGAAAUGGUGUUUAAUCCACUUAGCCAGCAGUUACAUUAACUUGAAGGCCAAAUGGGGUGUCUUUUAAUAGUUUUUAACUUGUUCAUUUCAUUCCAGAGACGUCCAUCAUCAGUUUGAGAACACUACAUUUAUUUCAGCAACAUUCUGUGACUACUGCGGGAAAAAGGUAAGUGUCAUUUGGUGAAUGCAGAUACAGGAUAAAACAGCUGGCCAUACAGAAUGUAAGAUUUUUGAAACCAGAAAUGAAUUGUAUGUGUUUCCUUAUGUCAGUCUUUUGGCAUCACUAGUUUAUUGAUUUAUUGUCAAUAUAUAUAUAUGUAAUUUUUCACUGAUACAGGCUACUCACAGGAACAACCACAAGUCGUUGUAUGUUUUCAAAAUACACAUAUAUAUUUUUAUACUAAAUUCAAAACAAGUGUGGGAUUCAACUCUCAGCAAAACCAAAUAUUCACUCCAGGCCUCACCCCCUACCUAUGGGGAAAAUUAGGUUUAAGGUUAAUAUGGAGAUGUGAGAUGUAUUUUAUGAUGAGAUUAUAGUGCAAAGCAUUGCACAAUGCACAAACAUCUGUGACACACCAGAUGAACAUAACAGCUACCAGAUAAACAGGAACAAGAACAAAUGAGAAAAUAGCAAACUUUUUGUUUUAUUUGGUGACUAACCAAUAUUAUUCGCAGUGUUGUGGGUUUUAACCCUCACGGCAGCACUUUGAAAACUUCAUGUAUCAGCAAAUUCAGGACUAAUAUAUAAAAAUAUAUAUAUGAAUGUGAUCAUUAAGUCUUUUUUCAUUAUACUUCAGGAUGACUGACUUUUAAAGCAGCUUAUCGUCAUGAAGUUAUUCAUUGAUUAUUUUGCAGAUCUGGAUGAAAGACGCCUUCAAAUGCCGGACUUGUAAUAUGGUGUGUCAUAAAAAAUGUCUAGUGAAAUGUCUCCUCAACACCAUUUGUACAGAGUGAGUUUUUAAGUUUUGCAAGAAAAAUUAAAGUGUUGUGAUAGUUUGUGGACUAAAGGGUGCUCACUCCAGCGUGAAGGGAGAUAAUUAGCUAAUAAUUACAGGAAUGGAAAAAUCUGAAAAACACUUUGAAUCCAUCAUAGUACUAAAUCAAAACUAAAAACAUGUUUUUAUCUUAAUGCUAUCGCUCAAAAGUGUUUAUGUGCAGGGCCACAUCACCCUCCCACAAGCAACAGAGUUGUUAGUUUUCCUUAAUUUUAUUUUAAUAAACUUUUACAGUUUAGAAUCGCAUCACAUGUUGCCAUUUAUAACGCAUGAUUUACAAGUACACCAAACAGCAUUCAAAUUUACUGGUACACCAAACAUCAUUUCAAAUUUGCAUGUUUGAGAGACAAUAGGUGUGAAAAAAAUAUUUAUCAAGCAAAAGCUUGUAAUGAGAUAUCAGGUGUCUAUUUAAAAAUUGUCUUAAAAAUCUUUCUCUGAAAGAACUGAUUAAACAAAUAAUUGUCUGUUUAGAAAAAGAUUGGUCAUUUUACACAAAUAUGUUUAAGGACAGCCAUUGGAGAAAAUGUAGCUUGAAAUUGUAUUCAAACUUCUGGUAUAGUUUAUAUAAAAUCAUUACGAAGAUGAAGCAAGUAUUAAUUACUUAGAUGCCUUAUCUCCACAAGCUGUGCUCCAAUGUCAAUACGAAUUGCCACAUGUGUCAUAUUUUCAAUUCAUUUAUUUAUAUAAGUGAAUGUCUUAACUGAUUUUCUUAAUGUCUGUGACUUUUCCAGACAUGGGGUGAGGAAAAGAAGUUCUGCAGAUACCGAUGAGCCUUGGAUUCCAUUGACUGAGUCUGGCAAACACAAGCAAAAAAUCAAAUUGGAUGAG